CUCAGUUUGUGCCGUUGAAAUUUCAGAAAGUCGGACCAAUCAAACCACAAUGGUUCGACAAGGAAUAUGGUAGACUGGCUCGGUUACGGCGAAGAAUGUGGGACGCAUUUCGCCUCUCUGGCUCCGCCACUGAUUACGAAGCAUAUAAAAGACAGCGAAAUAUUUGCAACAAAGUGAAAUUGAUAAAGCGCCGGAAGUUCGAAGAAAAGCUUGCAACUGACGCGAGGAUGGCCCCAAAAAAGAUCUUUGCUUACGUGAAACGCCGUUUGAAGCCAAAAGGUGACGUGUCAUGUCUGGAAGACGCGGACGGACACCUGCUAACUUCCAGUUCCGAUCGCGCGUCCGCACUGGCCGCUCACUUCGCUUCCGUGUUUGCAAACGACGCGGCCUCCAUACCCAUCUCAGCGAGUAACAUUCCUGUAGAACUCAACAGUUUGGUUUGUGAUGUCGACGAGGUGCGCCUGCUACUUGCGAACCUUGACGGUACCAAGCCUGCAGGGCCUGACGGGCUUCAUCCGCUAAUUAUCAAAUCACUAGCUGCCAUUAUCUCGCCUGUGGUUACGGAUCUAUUCAACAAAUCAUUGUCUGAGGGCUCAUUGCCAAACGACUGGAAGCGUUCGGUGGUGAGGCCGAUCCCGAAAGGUGGCGACCCCAGUAAGGUGGAUAACUACAGGCCAAUUUGUCUUACACCCGUUUUGGCCAAAGUGAUCGAGAAGAUAGUAAAAAAGCGUCUAAUACAUCUGUUACAAUCGAAAGAACUUCUGACACCGGCACAACACGGAUUCAGGAUGGGAUAUUCUUGUGUUACAAACUUACUUGUGACGAGACAGGAAUGGUUGCAAGCACUGAACCGGGGGAAGUCCGUUGACGUAAUCUACAUCGACUUCAGCAAAGCAUUCGACAAAGUCAAUCAUGAAGUGCUUCUAGACAGAUUAAGGUCGUGUGGUGUCGGAGGAUCGUUACAUCGAUGGAUCCAUGAAUUUCUCGUUGGAAGAAAGUGGAGGGUACAGGUGGACGGCCAUCUAACCGAUUGGUAUCCCUCGACCAGUGGUGUACCUCAAGGUACGGUACUGGGACCCACUCUGUUUCUCAUCCACAUCAACGAGCUGCCCCAGCUUCUACGGUCGCCUUGUGCACUGUUUGCGGAUGACCUCAAAAUUUGGCGAGAAAUUAAUACUCUCGAUGACUGUGACAUUCUCCAACAAGACCUCGACCGCCUCGCAGUAUGGUCUGCUGAAGUCCACCUACCGGUCAACCCGGUCAAGUCCCUAUUCAUGAGUCUCGGGAAGGCUGUUCACGAUCGAACGUACACCCUAGACGGCCAACCACUGCAUCCCACACCUUCCGUGAAAGACCUAGGUGUACUCUCACGCUGCGACUUGAAGUCCGUCGACAACACCAACAAACUGUAUCGAAACGGACUGCGCAUGCUCUGGGCGUUGAAACGCAGCUUCUGCACUUGGUCUGAGGACGUCGCCACUCGCCUCUUCUCUUCCAUCGUCAGACCAAUGGUAGAGUACGGCUCGCCUGCAUAUUGUCCGAUCACUCGCGGCGAAGCGCAAAAGAUCGAACGAGUACAACACAUCGCCACCAAGUUGAUCCCCAGUUUGAGAGGCUUGUCGUAUGAAAACCGGUGCAUGAAACUUGGGCUCUACACCUUGUCAUAUCGCCGUGUUAGAGUGGAUCUUAUCAUGACCUACCGUAUUUUACAUCUCGGUCAUUUCCCCAUGCUAAGGUCGUUACUCCACUUGCGAGUACCAUGCACCACACGUGGGCACAGGUACAAACUCGUGGUACCUGAUCUGAAGAAAAUCCCACACCCCCUGUGUUUCGAGCGGAGGGUUGUACACGCCUGGAACAGUCUGCCAGAACACGUCGUCGAGGCCGAAUCUGUGCAGAAAUUCAAAUCUUUGUUGGAUGUACACUUCGCUAACAUACGUUUCAGAGAACGGUUGCCACUUGACAACGAUAUCACCCACUUGUGACUCACUGUGUAAACAAGCAUUUUGUGUGCUACAGGAGUUGCUGAACCAUCUCAUGAUAACCACCGGACGUGUUUAUUUAUUUUUUUAAAAAUGUUUUUUUUGAUUAUCACCCGAUGGAGUUGUACAGAAUUAUUUUCUACUUGCUCCAAAAUACAGUAUUCA